UGUCAAUAUAUUAAGUAAUAAUAUAACCUUAAAUUCAUUUAUUUGAAUGAAAAAUGUGUGCAAAUAUGUUUCGACAAAUGAACAAGUUUCAAUCUAUUUUAUCACUGACUGAAAAAUCAUGUCUAAAUUCAUUUGUUAAUAAUUAUUCAAUUAAGUGUUCUGAGAUAAGUGGUGAAACCACGUUACAUUCUUUUCAAGAUAUUCCAGGACCAAUAUCUUUACCUUUAAUUGGAACAUUGUAUAAAUAUAUUCCUUUGAUCGGUGAAUAUUCAUUUACAAGACUUUAUGAUAGUGGAGUUAAAAAAAAGAAACAAUAUGGAUCAUUGGUAAGAGAAGAAAUAGUACCGGGUGUACAAAUUGUAUAUGUUUAUCGUCCAGAAGAUAUAGCUGAAAUUUUUAAAGCUGAAACCUCUUUACAUCCUGAACGUAGAAGUCAUUUGGCUCUUCUCAAAUAUAGAAAAGAUAGAAGUGAUAUAUAUAAUACUGGAGGUCUUUUACCAACAAAUGGACAAGAAUGGUGGAGAUUACGUAAAGAAUUUCAAAAGGUUCUUAACAAAAUAAAUUAUAUUAUUAAUUAUCUUGAAGAUACAGAUCGUGUUAUUAAAGAAUUUAUUCCACUUUGUACCGAAGAAAGAUAUGAUGAUUUCUUACCAUUGCUUUCACGUCUCUUUCUUGAAUGUAAUUAUUUUAUUUUAUAUAUAGAUAGAGAUUUAUUUUUCUUAUAUAAUAUUCAUAUUUUUUCAAUAUUUUUCUUAUUUUGUAUAAAUGUAAAAAAAAAAAAAAACAAUUCCACAGUAACUUGUCUGACAGCUUUCGAUGUAAGAAUGAAUAGUUUUUCAAAGGAAGAAAGACAACAAGAUUCUAGAACUUCCAAACUCAUUGAUGCAGCAUUUACAACUAAUAGUGCUAUUUUAAAAUUAGACAAUGGACCUGCAUUGUGGCGUUAUUUUGAUACAUUUCUUUAUAAAAAAUUGUGCAAAGCGCAAAACUAUAUGGAAGAAAUUGCAAUAGAAAUGGUAAAUAAGAAAAUAGAAAAAGGUACAGAUUUAUCUACAAAUUCUCUUCUUGAUGCAUAUUUGAAGAAUCCUGCUUUGGAUAAAAAAGAUAUAGUUGGUAUGGCUUGUGAUAUGUUGUUAGCUGGUAUCGAUACUACAAGUUAUACUAUGUCUUUUGUUUUGUAUCAUCUUGGAAAAAAUCCUGAAUGCCAAGAAAAAUUAAGAUCAGAAUGUUUAAAGUUAUUACCGGAUAGUAAUCAAGACAUAACUGUUAAUGUUUUACGCAAUGCUGAAUAUGCAAAGGCUGUAAUAAAAGAAACAUUUAGAUUGAAUCCGGUAUCUGUUGGAAUAGGACGUGUUUUACAGACCGAUAUUGUUCUUAAUGGUUAUUGUGUUCCUAAAGGUACUAUAGUUGUAACGCAGAAUCAAGUUACCUGCCAAUGUCCUGAAUAUUUCAAUGAUCCGCAUUCAUUCAUACCGGAAAGAUGGUUACAAACAACUGUAGAUGUUAAUGAUAGACAUACUAAUUCUUCAAGAUCUAUUAAUCCAUAUUUAGUAUUACCUUUUGGUCAUGGACCACGAUCCUGCAUUGCUAGACGUUUUGCCGAACAAAGCAUGCGAACUUUAUUAAUACGGAUGUGUCGAGAAUUAGAAUUUACUUGGAGUGGUGAUAAUCUUGGUUGUAAAUCCUUGUUAAUUAAUAAACCGGAUGGCCCAAUCAAGCUCAAUUUUACAAAAUAUAAACAUUAAUAAAUUAUAUUAACAGAAUGUGUGGAGCCUUUUAUAUUCGAACUUUCAUUACCCGAAUGACCUAAUAUCUGAAAAUACUGUUAUCUAAAUAAAUAAAUAAAUUUGUAGUAACGUUUAUAUAUAAUUUUCUCAUAUUCAAUCACAAAUGAAUUUGAGUUAAAUUUAUUAAAUUGUAUUAUUAUUUAUUCAUAUUGUAAUAAUCCUCAUUAUAUUUGAAGUUAUUAUAAAGAAAAUCCGAUUAAACAUUUCGUUCAAACAAUAUCAAUAACAAAUUUGCUAAUAGAAAUAAAAAAGGCUCUACUCUAAACUUUGGAAGUAAUAAUUACAUGAUUGAAAUCAAUUCUGUAGAGGAUCAAAAUUCUCUAAUAUUAUAAUUAUUUUAUUAUCCAGUACUGUUAUAUAUAUAAAA